AUUUCAUCGUGUUUGGCAAAAUCUCACUCCCAAACCCUAAAAGUAGUCGAAAUCAUCAAAAAACCGUAGAAUAGGAUAUUGUAAAGGGAAAAUACAAUGCAAGGAGAAGAUGAGCUAAGCAUAGAAGAGCUGGCUUCAAAUCUCUCUACGUAUAAGGAACAGCUUCAGCAGGUUCGACAGCUUCUGGUUGAUGAUCCUGGAAACCUUGAAUAUGUGGACAUGGAGAAGGAGCUCGCAGAGGUGAUUGCUCUGACGGAGGAACUGCUUGCAACUGCAAAGCAAAAUGAGAUUUCUGGAUCAGAUAUUGGGACUAGUUAUAGUGCACCCCCUGCACAAUCAAAGGAAGCAGGGAAAACAUCAGAUUAUGAGGAUAAAUUUCCUGUUGGCACAAAAGUUCAGGCUGUCUGGAGUGAAGAUGGAGAGUGGUAUGAUGCAACUGUUGAGGCUAUUACUCCAAAUGGGUAUUUUGUCCUCUAUGAUGGAUGGGGAAACAAGGAAGAGGUGGAUCCUGCCAAUGUGAGGGCAAUUGAAUACAAUGCUUUGCUGGAAGCUGAGAAGGUUGCUGAAGCUACAAAACAAGCUAUCAAACGUAAGAUUGCUCAAGCUGCUUCUGUUGACUUUCAAUCUCGAAGUUUACCAGCAAAGCUUCGGAUAACUGCUGAUGAUCCUGAGGAUGUAAAAGCCGCCAAGCGAAAGAAGAUACAUGCUUUUAAGUCAAAGAUGCGAUUUGAACAACUUGAAGUGGCACAAAAUAAGCGGCAGAAUGCUUGGCAGCAGUUUCAGACAACCAAAGGCAAGACUAAAAAGGUUGGGUUCUUCUCUGGGCGGAAGCGCGAGAGCAUCUUCAAGUCUCCGGAUGAUCCUCAUGGUAAGGUUGGUGUCACAGGAAGUGGAAAGGGGUUGACAGAGUUCCAGAAAAGAGAGAAGCACUUGCAUCUCAAGGGAGGAAAUGUUGAGAUAAAUGAUGACUAGACUUCCACCAAUUUCCUACUAGAGUAAAGCCUAUCCAUUGGUAGUUUGACAAGUUCCUUCCUGGGAGUGAUGUAAACAUGAAUUCCUUCAAUUAUACUCCUUGCAAGUUGUUAAUGAUACUACAUUAAAAAAAAAAAAAAAAGAAUUAUAUUUCACACUCAAAUGUUACUGUAGUUUUCUACUUUAGCCUUUUGCUUUUGGUAUAGAGAGAAUCUGAGUGCCCUUUAUAUUAUUAGCUUCUACACU